GGCUGGUCUAGCUACCGGGGGGGCCGGGCUGCCUCUGCCGGUACCGCCCCGUCCCGGCAGCGGGCGCGGCUGUUUACAGGUCCGACAAGUUGCGUUGGUCUGCGAAAAAAAGGUGCUGGAGGCAUCAGAGGAGAUCAGCAAAGAUGUGGCCACUGUGGGGACUGGACCUGAACCGAGUCCGCUGCGACCUGCACUUCACAGAAGCCAUCAAUCAAAGGAUGCAGGUUCCCAACAGGCUGAAGGUAGCAGAGAGCUGCAGCCCUGUGGAAAAGGAGCGAGUGACAGAGGAUGUCCCUCCUUCCUUUCGGAUGCACAUCCCCGAUAGGAUUUCUCUUGCAGAAAUAUCAGAUGCCAGUUUGAGGCCGGUCCCGCUGAGCCAGCAGAGGAAGGUCUCCUCUGUUGUGGUGCACAUGUCCCCGGACCCCUGUGGGCAGCCCACCCCCCUGGGGGAGCUCCCUUUCCUGCACACACCCAGCAGGUCGAGCGCCCAGAGACGCAAACGAUCGGGCCACCACAGCAGCAGGUCCCGGCGGGACAGGAUCCCAAGUGACUGUGCCCAGCUGGCCCUGCACAGCCCAGGACAGCACCAUGAGUUGCCGGACACGGGCCCCCUGCCCGCUCGCAGUGCCCCACUCCCCCUCCUCGCAGGGGCAGGCAGGAUCUACUCCAUGCAGAACAUCUUCCAGACCAUGUACCUCCUGGGCCAGGUGCUCUUCCACCGUGUCCAGGACUCUCUGCAAGGCCCAGUGCCAUCCAGCUCCCAGGAGGCUGGUCCAGCCACAGAGAGCACCUUGGAGGAGGUUGGGGUGUCUGAGGUGGCAGCGAUGAGAAAGCAGUUGGCGAGGAUCUCGGGGAGGCUCCGUGUGCUGGAAGAGCAGUGCCAUGCCUGGCAACAGAAGGAGGCUCUGGUCUACUCUGUGAUGAUCUCUGCCUGCCUCAUCAACACGUGGCUCUGGCUGAGAAGAUGACUGCCCAUGCCUGACCUCCCUGCUCCCCCGGGCAGGGAGAGGAUCCUUUCUCGUGUACUUGCCAGCAGUAAAACUACGUGUUUGUCCUUAACUUGACCUGCUUUUUGCACUGCGGGCCCUUGAGGAUCCGUGUCCUUUAGGCCUUGAUGACAAUGAAGGUGCCAUCCCUCUCCAGCACCAGAGGUGGGUGAGGGAGAUGCUGAAGCUGGACCUUGUGCUCCAACAAGUGGAGAUGGUGCUGGGGCCAUGGGGUCCAGGGAUUAUAGCCCAGCAGGUGCAGUCCCAGGCUCUGUGUACAUUAGCAGCCACCCUGUGCAGGAAGCUGCUGUGAAAAGCUGAGACCUUCUAAAGAAAUCGGUGGAUGACACAGGAGGUGUCUGUUCUGUGCAAAGCAAGGGGAAACCCUCUGGCCCUUAGGCUGUCUGCCAGGGGAGUCACAAACCCAAGGUGUUGGUGUUGUGGGGAUGGGGUCCUGUUACAGUUGUAGCAUGUGGUUCUACAGCCCAAUCCCCUCAGCACACCCCAUCUUGGAUAACUCAGCUCUGACCCCAUAAAUGUUCUCAGCCAACUGCUGUGGUCUGCUCCUCAUGUUCUGUAGAGUGAUUGAGUGUUUCUGAACUGCUUUUGGGGUUUCCUUUCCUUGAAAAACUGCUCUUUGGUGGUGGUAGCACUGCCAGGUCUCCUGUGCCACAGCCCCUGCUCUGGGAGGGAUGGAGGUGGAGGAGCCAGGAGCUCACAUCCCUGCAGCUGCUGCUGUGCCACCACCCCUGUCAGCUCCCAUCUUGCUGGAGGCAGUUCAGCAGUGGGUUUGCAGAUGUUCAAAUCCAGGGUGACUGUGAGAGCAUUGCUGACAUCUGGGCUUACCCAGGAGCUUGGCUCUUUCCCAAAGAGAUUUACAUGGGAAAAUCCCUGUGGUGACUCUAUGGAUUAUAAGACCUUGUACCAGCAGUGAUAGCCCCAGACAGGUCAUGGAAAAUCACCCAUUAGCAGCAGGAGGUAUUUUUUGGGUUUCCAGUGCUGAGGGGAGGAUGUCUCCCAGGUCUGCUGCCAAGCUGUAGCUUCAGUGAUGGUACAAGAACACAGGUGAAGGAAAUUCCUGACCCGGAUGCUCUUUAGCUACAAACGAGCCCAGUUCAACAGCUUUGCUGUUUCUUUCCUUCUGUGGAGUUCAGUAACACUUGGAUCUGAGGUGACUUUGAGAUGCUUCUGGUUGCUCAUCCAGCACAUCUGCUGGAGUUGUGCCCGCAGGCUCUGGGGACAGGUUUUAGCAAGGCUUAACAGGACCUAUCUGUGCCACCUAUAAGUAAUUACAGCUGGAUCCACAGGUCAUCCAGAUGUCCCAAUAGCUUAUUUACAGACAUGGAUGCUUGGCUGUUUUCUGCUUGAAACUGCAUCAAGCAUCUGUGACUGUAAAUCUGGCAGCUGGACACUGACUAAUAAAUAACUGUCCCACAAGUAAUUGCAGGUCUGAACCUGUGGCUGAUUGCUGAGCAGAGUGCUGGGAUUUAUUGCAGAGGAGAGCCAGGAUGGUGUGGUGGGCUUGGCAUGUGGGGGUAUGUAAGGGACAGGAGCACUGGUGGCUCAGGGCUGUGGUCAGGGUCACCAGAGGACCUUACACAACAGGUAUAUUAUAUAAAGGGGCUACUUCUGUGUGAAUCAUGGCUGGAAAUAUGGUAAUUUUUUGGUCUGGUUUCUCUUCUUUGAGAGGUGCAAACGUGUUUGGAAGAAGCUUGAGUUUGGUUUUUUUUUUUUUUAAACUGUAUUUUAGGGUGAGAAGGACUGACCCUUUGUGAAGGCACACCUUCAAAGGAUGGCUUGAAGGUGUUUGGAGGAGAGAUGGUCAAACUAUAUGUGUUCUCACAGGCUAAUUAUUGACAGGGUGUGGAGAGAUACAAUAUGACUUCUAUGUAAGGCAUAAAUUCUGCUGUAAAUCUGGAAACACUGAUCACAAAAUGCAUGUUUUAAUAAACUCUGUGUGUUCUGGA